UGAUUCUAAAACGAAAAAAACAAAGAAAAAAAAAGAAGUCCUCGCAUCUCUCCUCCUCCUGGGACCUGGAAACGAUCUUUCGCCGCCGAGUCCUUCCCUCUACGGCGGCGAAGAUCGUAUCAUAACCUCCAGGGAAGGAUGACUUCGGUGGGAAAACCAGAGAAAUUCUCAACGGAUUUCUUCAUGGGAGGCGCAGCAGCCAUCGUAGCCAAAUCCGCAGCCGCACCAAUAGAAAGAGUAAAGCUUUUACUCCAGAACCAAGGGGAGAUGAUCAAGACAGGACACCUCACGAAACCUUACUCCGGUGUUGGCAACUGCUUCCUCAGAAUCUUCAGAGAAGAAGGUGUUUUCUCCUUUUGGAGAGGAAACCAAGCCAAUGUCAUACGUUAUUUCCCUACACAGGCUUCCAACUUUGCGUUUAAAGGUUACUUCAAGAACCUUCUGGGAUGUUCCAAGGAGAAAGACGGUUACUUGAAAUGGUUCGCUGGUAACAUAGCCUCUGGAAGCGCUGCUGGAGCCACGACCUCGUUGUUUCUAUACCAUCUUGACUACGCGCGGACACGUCUAGGCACUGAUGCGAAGGAGUGUUCGGUGACUGGGAAGAGACAGUUCAAAGGGAUGGUGGAUGUGUACCGUAAAACUUUGUCUACCGACGGUGUUAAAGGACUUUACCGUGGGUUUGGGGUUUCGAUAGUGGGAAUCACUCUUUACCGGGGGAUGUAUUUCGGAAUGUAUGAUACUAUUAAACCCAUUGUUUUAGUUGGUUCCUUGGAGGGGAACUUCUUGGCUAGCUUUCUGUUGGGAUGGAGUAUUACUACUUCGGCAGGUGUCAUUGCUUAUCCUUUUGAUACGGUUAGGAGGAGAAUGAUGCUUACGUCAGGACAGGCGGUUAAAUACAGGAACUCUGUUCAUGCGUUGAGAGAGAUAGUGAGAAGUGAAGGGUUCUAUGCGCUGUAUAGAGGAGUUACUGCUAACAUGCUUCUUGGAGUGGCUGGAGCUGGAGUGCUUGCAGGGUAUGAUCAGCUUCACAGGAUUGCUUAUAAACAUUAUUGGGUUCAGUAGUUUUUGAACCAAGUUUGACAAAGAAAAGGUCAGUAAACAGUAAGAACCAAGAAGUGUCGCUCACAUUACAAAGUGUUGUGUUGAUUAACAGAAGAUGGGAAUCAUUAAUGGGUGUAACAAGAUGAAGAUAGAGGAAAAUUGUUAAUAAUUCUUGUCAGAUACAUUUGUUGUUUCAUUAAUAUAUGAAAAGCCUCUUUGCUUUUAGU